AAAACUAUUUAAUAAUAAGGCUAGCGUAUAAAUAAUCUUCUCCUGCGAUAAUGAAAAAAGUUUUUCUGUAUUGGAAAAUGUAAUAAAAAUAUCUUGAAAUUUAUAUUUUUCCUCUGAGAAGAAGCGGCAACAAAGUUUACUGAAAAUCAGGAAAAUUUACAAAAACAGAUUUGAGAAGUAGUUACUAAGAGCUCUCAAACAUGGCGGACUUGGAGGCUGUAUUGGCCGAUGUUUCCUAUUUAAUGGCCAUGGAGAAAUCCAAAUCUACACCUGCAGCUCGAGCUAGUAAAAGAAUACAACUGCCUGAUGCUUCUGUCUACAGUGUGAUGCAUAAAUAUCUAACAGCUAGAGAUGAAGUUAAUUUUUCUACUAUAUUUAAUCAAAAAAUAGGGUUUAUGUUGUUCAAAGAGUUUUGUCUUGAACAAUGUGAAGAACCAGUUCCUCAAAUCAAUUUUUAUGAAGCGAUAAAAGAAUACGAAGAUUUACAGACUCCAGAGGAAAGGUUGGUGGCUGCUAGAGAAAUAUUUGAUAACUAUAUUAUGAAAGAAUUAUUAUCUUGUUCACAUUCAUUUACAAUGUCAGCAAUUGAGCAUGUUCGUUUGUUGUUAAUGAAAGGUGAAGUACCUGUUGGACUUUUUCUUCCAUAUGACAACGAGAUAAGAGAAAGUCUAAAGGGAAAAAUUUUUGAUAUGUUUUUAAAAAGUGAUAAAUAUGUUCGUUAUUUGCAAUGGAAGAAUUUAGAGUUGAAUUUAAAUUUAACAAUGAAUGACUUCAGUGUUCACCGAAUAAUUGGUAGAGGUGGUUUUGGUGAAGUAUAUGGCUGCAGAAAAACAGAUACUGGAAAAAUGUAUGCAAUGAAAUCUCUAGACAAGAAACGAAUAAAGUUAAAGCAAGGAGAAACACUUGCACUAAAUGAAAGAGCUAUGCUUUCAUUUGUGAACAAUCCAUUUAUUGUUUGCAUGACAUACGCCUUCCACACUCCAGACAAGCUAUGCUUUGUUCUAGAUUUAAUGAAUGGUGGAGAUUUGCAUUAUCAUCUUACUCAACAUGGUGUUUUUGACGAACAAAGUGUUAGAUUUUAUGCUGCUGAAAUAAUUUUGGGUUUGGAACACAUGCAUACACGAUUUAUUUGCUAUAGAGAUUUGAAGCCAGCUAACAUUCUGUUAGAUGAAAAUGGGCAUGUUCGUAUAUCUGACUUGGGUUUAGCAUGUGAUUUUUCAAAAAAAAAACCACAUGCUUGUGUUGGAACACAUGGCUACAUGGCACCUGAGGUCCUUCAAAAAUCUGUUGCAUAUGAUUCAUGUGCUGAUUGGUUCUCUUUUGGUUGUAUGCUUUUUAAACUUUUGCGUGGGCACAGUCCUUUUAGACAACAAAAAACUAAAGACAAAUAUGAAAUUGAUAAAAUGACACUGACGAUGGAGGUCAAGUUUCCAUCUGACUUAUCGCCUAGUAUGACAUCACUUUUAUCUGGUUUGUUACAGAAAAGUGUUCCAAAAAGAUUGGGUUGCCAGGGCAUGGGAGCUACUGAACUUAAAGAACAUUCAUUUUUUGAAAACAUUGAUUGGAAGGAGGUUGAACUGAGAAAGCUACAACCUCCACUAAUUCCGCCGCGUGGUGAAGUCAAUGCCGCAGAUGCUUUUGAUAUCGGUUCCUUUGAUGAAGAAGAUGUGAAGGGUGUCAAGCUUACAGAUGCUGAUCAAGCUCUAUAUAAAGAUUUCAACUAUGUUAACUCAGAGAGGUGGCAACAAGAAAUUGCUGAAACUGUUUUUGACGUGGUUAAUCAAGAAGCCAAAAAAAUUGAAGCUAAAAACAAAUCUAAAAAUAUGGAGUUAAGUGUUCAAAAUGGGGACUGUCUUCUUCAUGGAUAUUUGUAUAAACUUGGUGGUCCUUUUCUUUCAGUUUGGACAAAGAAAUAUUUUUUUCUUUAUCCUAAUCGACUUGAAUACAGAGGAGAACAAUGGCAUUCACAAAAGCUUUUAUUACCACUUGAAAAUAUUCAGUUUGUCGAUGAAAUUGUGUAUAAAACCUUUAAAUGCAUAAAGAUUCACUUAAAAGAUAAUAGGGAACAACUUGUUCUUCGUGCUGAUAGUGAUACAGAAUAUAACGAAUGGUUUAAAGAAAUUUGUAAGUCAUACGAAGAGGCGCAAGUGCAGAUUAGAACUGGAGCAAAAAUUUUAACAUCUUCAUGUGGAAGAAGUAACCAAUUAUGUAAAGACGAUGAGAAUUCUGUAAGCUCCACUGGUUAAUAAAGCUUGCCGUUUAAAUUUUGGCUCGUUAGUCGGCCCAUUCCUCCAGCUGCUCAUUUUGAUCAUGUUUGAUCACACCGUGUGGCUAAAUGAUAUAUUGCAUAUAGGGAAAUCAAUAUUCAUUUUUUAAAAUUAACGCUAAAGAAUAAUUUAGAUAUUUUCUCCGUCUAAAAUUUACUGAAAUGAAGAAAAAAAGAAUUGAAUUUUUUUUCUAUUGAAAAAAGUUCAACCGGAAAAAAAAUAAUCUGAUUUACCGCAAAAAGUACUCAAAUAAGACACAGAUGAUCAUAAAAUUGUACAUAUGGUAAAUAAUUUACGUGUUCUUUUUAUAUUAUUUAAUUAUUGGUACCUUA